AUGAAGGAGCACCUUGGGAAGCCACCCAUACUGUCCAAGCCUACGACCGGAGAGGUGCUGAGCCUGUAUCUGGAGGUCUCUGAACAUGCCGUUAGUUCGGUGUUGGUCCGCGAAGAGAAUAAGGUGCAGCUGCCAGUGUAUUACACUAGCAAGUGCCUCCUUGACACAGAGAUGAGGUAUCCACAGAUGGAAAAGCUCGCCCUCGUGCUAGUGGUGACGUCGAGAAAGCUAUGCCACUAUUUCCAGGUCCAUAGCAUUCAGGUUUUGACGAACCAUCGUCUUAGGCAGGUCUUGCAAAAGCCUGACACUUCUAAAAGGCUCCUUAAGUGGUCCAUAGAGCUCAGCCAGUUUGACAUUGAUUACAAGCCGCAGAUAGCCAUCAAGGGCCAAGCCCUAGCCGAAUUCGUUGCUGAGUUCAUGGGGGUACCAGAUGAAGCAAAGGUUGUUGGUGGGCCACUCAAAUGGAAACUCUAUGUCGACGGAAGCUCCAACGACAACGACUUCGGAGCAGGGUUGGUAUUACAUACCCCAGAGGGUCACAAAAUAACCUCAGCCGUCAGGUUUGAAUUCCCCGCAUCCAACAAUGAAGUAGAAUAUGAUGCGUUACUAGCUGGACUCCGGUUGACAGAACACCUAAAAGUGGAGGCUAUAGACAUCUUCAGCAAUUCACAACUAGUCGUGAACCAAGUGAAAGGCCAAUAUCAAACCAGGGAUGAAAAGAUGGCAGCCUACCUUAAGAAGGUUAAAAAGGCCUUAGAAAAACUCACGGCCUACGACAUACAGCAAGUGUCAAGGGCAGAAAAUAGCAAUGCUGAAGCCCUGGCCAGGCUAGCCACCUCAAACGAUGCUGAGCUGUUGAAGCUAGUACCCGUAGAGGCCUUAAAAGCUCCUUCUACCAAGGGAAAGCUUAAAGUCAUGUCAAUGAGUUGCCAGCCGAGCUGGAGGGACCCAAUCAUCAGAUAUUUGGUUGACAGUGAACUCCCAGAAGACAAACAGCAAGCAAAAAAGUUAAAGGGGCAGUCCCUAGCUUAUAAGGUGCUGAGGAAGGGGUAUUACUGGCCUGACCUCAAGAAGGAAGUGGCUGAAUAUGCAAAGAAACGUGAAGGCUGCCAAAGGUACGCCCUCAUCCCUCAGCAGCAUUCAGAAGAUCUAACGUCGAUAGUCACUCCUUGGCCUUUUGCUAAAUGGGGGAUUGAUCUCAUUGGCCCAUUACACAAGACCCCUGGGGGAUACAAGUACACCAUUGUAGCUAUCGACUACUUUAUGAAGUGGGUUGAAGCUGAGCCACUAACGACGAUAUCGGAGGAGAAAUGUAUCCACAAGAACUUUUUCUCUAUUGUAUAUCCCCAGUCUAACGGACAGGUCAAAGCUAUGCCAAAGCGGCAGCUCGAUAGCUACAAAGGAAAGUGGGCAGAUGAGCUACCAAAGGUUCUGUGGGCCUACAGGACAACCAGUAGGACUACCAAAGGGGAAACUACAUUCUCAAUGGGUUACGGGGUGGAAGCGGUCCUUCCAGUCGAGAUAUCCAUUCCUACCAGCCGAGUAAUAUGGUAUGAAGAAGGUGUUGGAAUGGUGUCCUAG